UCAAUAGACAGCUUAAGCCUAUUUUCCGAGAAAGAGUUUGCCUUUAUGGAAACACCAGACGCAGAGGAUAACGAGCCUAUCUUCCCCCUUCUCUCUGCGGGGGAUGAGGUACUCUUUGACUCAGGAAUGGAUUUGAUUGACGAUUUCUGUGGCAAACUUGAGGUACCAGAGGACAGCCAAUUAUCUCCAAAAUCAAACCAAGGAGUCUGCUUGACAGAAGAAGAGGAUGAACUUGUAUUUAGAUUCGCCUUGUCCUCAUCCAGUGAAGAAAAAGUAGAAAGAAAGAUAGUUUGUGAGAUAAUUGGGUCAGAUCAAAGCAUAUCUACUCCAGAAAUUUCUAGUAUUUCGGAAAACGAGAAGGCUAAGACCAAGACUCUAUCAGAUCUCCCAGAGGAUGACAUCAAAGUUGACAGCUCUUCAGAAGGGAAAGGAACCAAAACGAAAAUUCAAGUUAUCAAUUCUCACAAUCUUAAACGCCACGAUGUUGUUCUUAAAAGUAUUUUGAGAAAGAUGAAGAGAGAUUUCUUCCAGCAGUUUCUAGAUGCCACUAAUUACCAGAAAAAGGAGAAACAUUCAAAAGUGAGGAUGGCUAAUCUAGUAAAGGGAGCUAACAAAAUGGUUGGCCAGAUGGAAUUACCGAUCCUUGCUAAUAACUAUUGCUUUUAUUACUUGGCAGUCACCUGUCCAGGAGAAUUGAGAAAGGCACUCAACCACACAGAUGUAGCCCCAGCCCAUCAAGCUAUGCUUACCAAGGCUUAUAAGGUUAUCAAUCUUAUUGAUAGUGUCAUGAACAGAUUUUCUAAGAGAAUCUUUAAUCAAUUUAUGGAGAUUCCUGAGAUCUCAGCUCUUGUACACCACUAUCUCCUCAGCCAAAACUAUCUUGAAGACUGUGAGGGUUUCGCCCCAUGCAUAAGUAUUUUAGACGCUAAAUCUAAAGAAGUCAUGAACAGAUAUUCCAACAAUCAAGACUCUUUUGAGUCCAAUCAGUAUUGGAUUAAAGAGAGUUUUGAAAUUUUUAGAUCUUAACUCUGGGUAUAAGAUUUUCUAAUAAUUAAUAUAAUAAUUCGGUCCUAAUAUUCUUCC